UGAACAGCCUGUCCAUAACUUAAUCUACACGAUUUGACGGCCUUGACGAGAAUGAGACCAGUGUAUUGUUGGUAAACACACCGCAACAGUGCUCCUGGCGAGCUUGACGGCGUACUCGAACUUUUACCAGUUUGUUCACGGCUUCUUACAUUGACAUUUCUGUGGAUGACAUUCUUUCAUUCAACAUGGCUCCCUUCAAUCCGGCCGCCACCGAAUUGUAUCGCAAAGAUGUCGCAUCGGGUGGACAACUGCUCACUGCGGCAGAGCGUGAAAAGCUCCUGCGGCCAUACCUACCGGCUGUUCCCUCGCCAUCAUCCAGAAUGGACAACGGCACUUCCACGACCACGUCUCGCCAUGCGUCCAAAGGCCACAAGCGGCGCAUCCGACCGUUUCUGAAAACCAAACUCCAUGCCCUCGUCUUCUUCCUCAUCCAACUUUUUUUCGGCAUGUACGUCCGCCUGCGCCAGAUAUACCACGCCACCCUCGACCGCGCCCUCGCCAUUCGACACUACCACCACCGCACCCCAGAGUACAUACAACGAGACGUCAAGAACCUCGACCGCCUCCCUCGACACCUCAGUGUGAUAUUGAAGUACAAGAGCGAAGAAGACGGGGGACUCGAGGCCCUCGUGGACGAGGUGGCAGAAUUGAGUGCCUGGUCCGCGUCGGCGGGGAUACCGUUGCUGAGCAUCUACGAAAAAUCGGGGAUUCUGAAGACAUACAUGGCCAGCGUACAAGAGGUCGUCAGCCAAAAGCUCACGUCCUACUAUGGUCCUGCUCCUGCAUCACCGACCCUCAGAGUCUUCGCACCCAAUCACCCUUCGAUGAGCCCUUCCCCGGUGCCCUCGCCGCGGAUUCCCGCACGCUCUUCGGCCGAGGAGGCUACGCAUGGUUCGCAGCGUUCCCGCCAACAUCUCGACCUCCUUCUCCUCUCGGCCACGGACGGCAGGGACACACUCGUCGACCUCACGCGGACACUGGCUGAGAUGGCACAGUCGCAUAAAAUCAGCCCAAAGGAUAUUACUUCCAACUUGAUCAACACCGAGAUCAGCGCGACGACCGCCAUCACCGAUUACUCGGGACACAGCACGAAACCGAGGAAAGAGGCCGAUGCCGGGGAGCCUGAUCUCGUUAUAGUAUUUGGACCAUAUGUCAAACUUGAUGGCUACCCUCCCUGGCAGAUCCGAUUGAGCGAGAUCUUCUGUGUCGGUGACUCGGGUGGAGAUGUGUCGGGCAGGACUAGCACCAGGGUCGAAUAUCAAGCCUUCUUGAGAGGGCUAUGGAAGUAUGCCGGUGCUGAGAUGAGGUUCGGCAGAUGAGUGCGAGAGGGGCCAUGCCCCUGAUAAAUCUAGAUACCCAGACAUACCAUCCGGCAUGCUUAUAGAAAAU